AUGGGGAUGCUGACGCUGGUCACCCAGGGUCGGCUUUCUGCAAGAAUGAUGGACAGCACGACGCACAGCUGCGCCUGGAGGCUGAGCGGGGCCUCCGGAAGGGCGGCCCAGCGGGUGGGCGAGGCCAUUUUUCCCAUCUACGCGCGCCCGGACCACCCCCGAAUGAACCUCUCGGCCCAGGAGCACAAGGACCCGCACCACUACUGCGGCAACCUGGCUCUGCUCCGGGCCAGUGCAGACCCCACGGCCUGCCACUGCGGGGGCCUGGCCUACAGCGUGGCCUUCCACAUGCACUGGGCCCCUCAGCUUCCUGCCACAAACUGCCCUCCCCGCGCCAGCCAGCCAGAACCAAUGUCACCGCGCCCAGAGCCCCAGCUGCCCAGGCUGCAGGUUUCGAGGGAGGCCUGGAGUGACCAGGAGACAGAAGUCUCUCUGUGCCCACCCUCAAGCCCAUUCAGCUCCCACCACGGCCGGGAGGGACUCAGCCCUGAACCAGGACCCUGGCAGCCUCAGGCCCAGGUCACCGAGGGCCCAGAGGAGCCCACGAAUACCUCCCAGAAUGUGGACUCUGUCAUCAGCCACCUGUCUCCCUCUGAUAAGGAGGUCAUCACAGUCACUCUCCAUGGGGCCACCAACCUUCCUGCCUCCAAGGAUGGCUCUGAGCCAUGGCCCUAUGUGGUAGUCCCCCAAGUGCCCUGCCCGGGGCCCUGCACACAGUGGCUGCCGCAGAAGACGGUGGCGCAUGUGUACCCCACUGAAAAGGAAAACCACAUCGGAGGAAGCGAAGAACCAGAGUUCCAAGUCACAUCUGUGCCCUCGGAGCCCAGCAAAGCCCCCAUCAGGGGUAGGGGGGACACGGUCAAAGUGGAGAUCCAAGCUGAGGAUGCGGGGCAUGAAGAUGUGAUCCUCAAGGUGGUGGACAAUAAAAAGAAAGAGGGGCUGUUGUCCUAGCAAAUCCCCAUCAAGUACUUGUGUGUCUUCCAUCCCUAUCACUUUGAGCUGGUGAAACCCACUGAGUCUGGGAAAGCUGAUGAAGCCACUGCCAAGACCCAACUUUAUGCAACAGUCGUUCGGAAGGGCAACUUCAUCUCCCACUACAUGGGCCACAACCACACAGCUCUGGAGGUCUUUCUCUGGGGGGUCAGCGAGCCCCUGGUCAGCAGCCCCGGCCCCACGGUAGUCAUCGCCAGGUUGGUUCCCAACUACGGGGAGCUUCAAGUCAAUCAGAUAAACCGGGACCCGGUAUCCCUGGGGCUUCCCAUCACCCCACUCUCCUUCCCUAUCCCAUCCGUGAUGAACUUUGAUGUUCCUCGGGUCAGCCAGGAUGGCUGUCCAAGCCUGGGGGACCCAGAGCUGCCCCUGUGGAAUCAGUCCUUCCUCUUCCAAGGCCGAGCUGGAGCCGCCAGCUUCCCAGAGGACACAGCCCUGGUGCCGGAGUACUACUCCUCGUCUUCAAUGAAAGGCAGUGAACCAUGGACCCUCAACAAGCCCCUGGGUAUCUCCGUGUUGCCGCUGAAGAGCCAUUUGCACCAUAUGCUGACAGGGAAGGGCCUGAAUGGGCUGCGUGUGGAGAAGCUCCCCAUCCAGGACACCAAGCUGAAAACCAUAAACGGUGAGGUCCCCAUGGUGGAUCUCUCGUUCCAGCUGCUUUCCUCUGAGAGGCCGGAAAACUUCUUGACACCAAACAACAGCAAGGUUCUGCCCAUCCUGGACCCCAAGAUCUUAGACGAGAAGAUAGGUACCAUCCGUGAGUCCUGGUCCAAGGCCACAGUGAGCUCCACAAUUGGCUCCAACACAUCCACUUCUCAGGAAGCAGAGGAAGAGCUUCAGGUGCCCAAGAUGUCCCAAGAAAUGGAGAUGAACAGCUACCGGCGGGCCAUGCAGAAGAUGGCAGAGGACAUCCUGUCACUGCGGAAACAGACCAGCAUCCUGGAGGCAGAGAACCAAAUGCUGAGGAGCCAGCUGACCCAGGAGGGGGUACAAGAGGAGCCAGACAUCACUGACAGAGCCCAGAACCUGGCGUCCAUGAAGCAGAAACUGCUGCUGAGUGAGCUGGACGUGAAGAAGCUGAGAGACAAGGUGCAGCAUCUGCAGAAUGAGCUGAUUCGAAAGAAUGAUAGAGAAAAGGAGCUGCUCCUCCUGCACCAGGCUCAGCAGCCACAGGCGGCGCUGCUGAGGCGAUACCAGGACAAGCUGCAGCAGAUGAAGGCGCUGGAGGAGACCGUGAGGCACCAGGAGAAGAUGAUUGAGAAGAUGGAGUGGGUGCUGGAGGGCAAGCUGCGGGAGAAGAACGAGCCCCUGCAGAACAAGCUGCAGGGAAAGCCCAGUGUGGCCUUCCCCAUGCUCUCAGCCUCUGGCCUUCCCCCGGGUCCGACGGGAGAGAAUCUGCCUGUUGACCUUUACUCAAUGCUGCUGGCGGAAAACUCGAGGCUGCGGGCAGAGCUGGACAAGAGCCGCCACCAGUCGGCCCCCAUCAUUCUGCAGCAGCAGGCCCUGCUGGUGGACCCUGGGGAGUUGGGAGCAAGGGGAGACCUGGCAGAGAAGCUGCAAGAGACAGGUGGCCCAGGCCACUGCAAGGGUACCCUGCCCACAUAGGAUCUUCUUGCCAAUAAUUCAGACAAGUUUAACCUCCUAGCCAAGCUGGAAUGCGCUCAGAGCCGGAUUCUUUCCCUGGAAAGCCAGUUAGAGGACUCAGCUCGACGCUGGGGACGAGAGAAGCAGGACUUGGCCACACGGCUGCAGGAGCAAGAGUAUGGCUUGAGGGCCCCUUCCAACACGAUCAUCACAGAUGAGUUCCCCUGUAGCCUCCUGCCUGUCCCAGGAGCUACCAUCUUUGGAGAGCCAAAGGCCAUAGUGGACCCCAGACAGGGGGCGGGUGGGGAUGGGGGAGAAGAGGCCUUCCAAAGCAGGAUCCAGGGAGACAAGGCCUGUCCAGACCUCUGGAAGAAAUGAGACCACCAGAGGCCAGCUGUUGCUGCCCUGUACUCUCAGCAGAACUCUGCCAAGUUCUUUGUCCCUCUGCCUGCUGUGCCAGUAGCUCCUGGUGCAGCGGCAAUAGCCCUCCACCAACUCUGCCUCACACCCAACCGGGACAGCAGGGAGGUUGAUCCUGCUGGCUCCUGA